GAGGCACACCAGGUAUAGCAAGAUAUCUUGCAGCAGCAUGUGGAUCGGCGGGCCGGCCACGACAGACCCUGCGCGCCCCUUGCUGCAGUAUUUUCAGGGAGCUAUCUCUUGAACAUCUCCGGCCGAACCUAUAGCACAGUGGCCGCGCUCAACAUUGCAUCCCAAGAUUUCACUGUCGAGUCGUUCUCAACCUCCCCUUGUGUUGCGCUCAUUCCGGUACACACACUCGACGCCCGAACAAUGUCGCCAGACGAACUUCAAUCAGACGGCGAUAGGCCUGCGCUGAGGCUCGAUCCAUUCAUCAUGGGCGGCGCCGGCUUUAGCUAUCAGCUUGUCAAUGACCCCAACAAAGCACCAGCAGUCGAAAUACUCGAAACGGCUUUCGAGGCUGGCGUGCGCACAAUCGACACUUCGCCCUACUAUGAUCCAUCGGAGUUGAUUUUGGGGGCUGCUUUGUCGCACCCUCGUAUCACACGAAGAUGGUGCCGUGAGGAUUACACCUUAAUGACCAAAGUUGGGAGAAUCGCCGCAGACCAGUUCGACUAUUCGCCACAAUGGAUCCGUAGCUCUGUCAAUCGAUCCUUGCAGCGAUUUAAAACUACCUAUCUCGAUGUGGUUUUUUGUCACGAUAUUGAAUUUGUCGGUGAAGCUGAGGCCGUGGUGGCAGUCGGGACGCUCUUCGAACUCGUACGACAAGGGAUCAUCAAAUAUGUCGGCAUAUCAGGUUACGACCUCGAUGCGCUUUCCAGCGUAGCCAGUCUUGUUCUUCAGACAUACGGACAGCCAGUAGACGUGGUGCAGACGUGGGCUCAGCUCACUCUACAGAAUACGCGACUGGAGACACACGGACUUCCACUGCUGAAGACUGCAGGAGUCAAAGUCGUAUGCGCAUCCAGUCCCUUGGCCGUGGGCCUGCUGAGUUCGAAGGGUGUGCCAGUUGGCGGUUUGGGAGAUUGGCAUCCAGCUCCUGAGGGUCUGCGACUCCAAGCUCAACAAGCAGCAAAGAUUAUCGAAUCUCAAGAUGAAUCUACCGCUGCUCUAGCACUUCGCUUUGCCAUACGCAAGGCUGUCGAACUUUCAACCCCGGAACUCCAGAUCUCAACUAUCAGUGGAGUUGCCUCGUUAGACGAAAUCGCAAUGAAUAUCGACACAGCCCGUCAAGUGCUAGGAGAUGCCCUCCUAUCAUCCUCCUCUAAAGGAAGCCCUGUUUUCAAUGCAAAUCUUGAGCCGCAGGAUGAGCUCCGUUUCCGCGUCGUACGUGACGUUUUGGGCAAAUGGUUGGAUUACGACUUUGCAACGCAAAAGACAGCAGCAGAAGCGCCAAGAUCGCAAUGAAUAACACGUGAUAAUACAUCAAUUGAGAUAUACACCGACCAUCGGACCUUUGCAAUAGAUAGCAUGUGAUGGUACGUUGAGCGAGCCAUAUAGCAAUCAUCAGACCCCUUCA